AUGCUUGUCGUGUGUCAUCGCCUUUGGACUAUCUUCUGUCUAUUAUAUUUUCCUUUUAAUGUUUUGUGUGAGCGUAGGUUUUUUCGUGUGUGUGUGUAUGACUAUUUUGUAGCUAAUAAAGGGUUAAACAUUGAUGUGAGUUUUGGAGGUAGCCUUCCUAUAGGCCAAUUGGCCGUUGGAUCGUCGUCCGGCGAUUUAUUGGAGGUAUCUCGUCCGGUUCCUUACAUUGAUAUUCGUCCUAACGAGUUAGAGAGUGUUAACCGUUUUGCUGAGAUAGCUCUUGAGAACGAGGCGAUUAAUCCAGUGAUGCACGAUGAAUAUUAUCGUGUUCUUGGUGAUUUGGGUGAACUGAGCCCUGAGGAGAUGUUAUCCGACCUGAUAGCACAGACCAAUACAUUGGAGGCUCUCAAGGCUGAGCUUGGUGCUGAGGAGCGUAUCGCACGUUUAGAGUUAUCUGGUCACACCGUAACUCCCCAAAUAUCGUUACCUGUAUCGUACCCUGUUUCUGUGAACCCUAACACGGCAUCUAACUAUCUUUGA